AUGUCUCAAAGCAAACAAGAAUUGCGCGUUGUGACAUAUAUGUGUCCAACGCAUCCGGUUCAGCUCUACGAAUUAAUACUGGAGUUACUAGAAGAAACGUUGGAUUGUUAUACCACUUUGCAAUAUGAAAGCAGAAGCCCAGGACCAUUACCGGAUCGUCCUGAUCCAUUUUCCACUAAUAAAGUGGAUUUGGCGUUCAUGACAGCGUCUUCAUAUAUGAAACUGCGAGAAAAGAGAAACGUUAACAUUGAAUUGCUACCAGUAACACCAGUAUUCGCUCACCAAAUGAACGUGGAAAAUAAACCAGGAUAUUUUUCUGAUAUCAUUAUUCACAGUGAUAAGAAGGCUCAUAACGUAAAUACUUUACUGGAUCUUCGAGGUUGUACAUUUGCAUACAGCGACGAGGAAUCUCUGAGUGGAAGUAAAAUUGUACUGAAAACUUUGAAAGAAAAAGGCGAAAAUGCUUCAUUUUUUGGAUCUCUGCUAAGAUCUGGAUCACAUUUGUCGUCGGCUCAGAUGGUGCUCUCUAAACAAGCAGAAUGGGCUGCAGUUGAUUCUACAACUCUACUUUUUUCAAAAAAGUUUAUGUACGAUGGUGGCAAAGAUAUCAUAACCCUGGAAACAUUAGGUCGAUUGCCACCAUACCCCAUUGUGGUUAAUGCUAAACUAAGUGACGAGAUAAAAAAGGCAAUAAUAAAUGCUUUACUCCGCCUACCUCAAACACAGCAGUGGAAAAAUAAAUUUGCAAAAUUUGGCAUAAUCAAGUUCGAGACUAAUAGCGAUGUCGCUUACAAUGGGCCGCCUACACAGAUGUGGGCCAUCCAAAACGAAAAACUCAAUGUUCGGUAUUAUUAG